AUGGUUUGGAUGAAAUUCACUUGUGUUCUCUCUUUCAUCUUGUUUGUUGCCCACAUAGCAGCUGUAUCAAUUAAUCAUCUCUCUAAAGGAAAUGAACAUGAUGAAGAGUUUCAUGAGCAGAAGGAUAUUUCAGAAAUCAACUUAGCUGCGGGCUUGGACCUCUUUCAAGGAGAUAUCCUCCUGCAGAACUCCAGAAAUGGCCUGAGAGACCCUAGCACCAGGUGGAAGUUCCCCAUUCCUUACAUUCUGGCUGACAAUCUGGGGCUGAAUGCCAAAGGAGCCAUUCUUUAUGCCUUUGAAAUGUUCCGCCUCAAGUCCUGUGUGGAUUUCAAGCCCUAUGAAGGAGAAAGCUCAUACAUCAUAUUUCAGAAGUUUGAAGGGUGCUGGUCUGAGGUUGGUGAUCAUCACGUGGGACAGAACCUUUCCAUUGGCCAGGGAUGUGACUAUAAGGCCAUCAUUGAGCACGAGAUCCUCCAUGCUUUGGGAUUUUACCAUGAGCAGUCAAGAACUGACCGAGAUGACUAUGUGAACAUCUGGUGGGAUGAAAUUCUUCCAGGUUUUGAGCACAACUUUAACACCUAUGAUGACACCUUCAUCACAGACCUCAAUACGCCCUAUGACUAUGAGUCUUUGAUGCACUAUGAGCCUUUCUCAUUUAACAAGAAUGACAGUGCUCCUACCAUCACGGCCAAGAUCCCUGAGUUCAACACCAUCAUUGGGCAGCGUCUGGAUUUCAGUGCCACUGAUUUAGAGAGACUGAACCGAAUGUACAAUUGCACCACAACUCACACACUUUUGGACCACUGUGCUUUUGAGAAAGCAAACAUCUGUGGGAUGAUUCAGGGUACCAGAGACGAUGCUGACUGGGUCCAUGAGGACGGCAUUCAGUCCGGACAAGUGGAUCACACCUUGGUGGGACAAUGCAGAGGCGCGGGCUACUUCAUGCACUUCAGCACCAGCUCGGGGAUGGCAGAGGAGGCAGCCCUCCUAGAGUCCCGGAUUCUUUACCCAAAGAGAAAGCAGCAGUGCCUGCAGUUUUUCUAUAAAAUGACGGGAAGCCCUUCAGAUCGACUCGUCAUCUGGGUCAAGAGGGAUGACAGCACAGGCAAGGUUCGCAAGCUGGUGAAGUUGCAGACCUUCCAAGGAGAUUUGGACCAAAAUUGGAAAAUUGCCCAUGUGACGCUCAGAGAAGAAAGGAAGUUUCGCUACCUAUUCCAGGGCACAAAAGGCGACCCCCAGAACUCGAAUGGGGGAAUUUACCUGGAUGAUGUCACUCUGACGGAAACCCCAUGUCCUGCAGGCGUUUGGACCAUACGGAAUAUCUCCCAGGUCCUUCAGAACACGGUUCCAGGGCAGAGGCUCUGGAGCCCUCGAUUCUACAACUCAGAGGGAUAUGGUUUUGGGUUGACCUUAUACCCCAAUGGCAGACUGAACUCCAGUAGCCCUGGCUACUUAGGACUUACUUUUCACCUGUGCAGUGGGGAGAAUGAUGCCAUCCUGGAGUGGCCAGUGGAAAACAGACAGGCGAUAAUGACCAUCCUCGACCAGGAACCUGAUGCUAGAAGUAGAAUGUCCUCGAGCAUGGUGUUCACUACCUCCAGGUCCCAUACAUCUUCAGCAAUAAAUGACUCCGUCAUCUGGGACAGGCCAUCCAUUGUGGGAACCUACGAUAAGGACUGUGAUUGUUUUAGAAGCAUCGACUGGGGCUGGAGUAAUGUCAUCUCCCACCAAAUGCUAAAAAGGAAGAGUUUCCUUAAAAAUGAUGACCUUAUACUUUUUGUGGACUUUGAAGAUAUCACCUACCUUAACCACACGGAGGUUCCAGCUCAAGGCACAAGGCUGUCUCCCCAAGGCCUUGUUCUCCAGGAUCAGGAACAUCAGGCCUCAGAAGAAUAUUCAGGAAAGGUCUUGUUAGAGAAUGCGCUCCCCGGCAGCCUGCACCAGGGACAGCCUGACCGACAGAAGCGAUCAGUGGAGAACACAGGCCCUCUGGAAGACCACAACUGGCCACAGUACUUCAGAGAUCCCUGUGACCCGAACCCUUGCCAAAAUGAAGGCAUCUGUGUGAACGUGAAGGGGAUGGCGAGCUGCAGGUGUGUCUCCAGUCAUGCCUUCUUCUACACGGGGGAGCGCUGCCAAGCCAUGCAAGUGCACGGCAGCGUCCUAGGCCUGCUGAUCGGGGGCACGGCCGGCGUGAUCUUCCUGACUUUCGCAAUCAUCUCCAUGCUUUCCCAAAGGGCAAGGCAGUGACCUGCCUGCUGACCUCGGCCAGAUCACAGAAGCACCUUCUCUACUCAGACCUUCCUUUCU